AUGGCAGCACAGAUGCUAGAAGCAAAGAAAAAGAGGUCAUCUACAUCCUCUAUGUGGAUCCUGACACUGGAAGGCAGAGGCUCUCUUCAAAAGGUGGAACAUGCAACUGCCACAGAUGUACUAGCAUUGAUUAAAAAAGCCUUUGAACAACAUGGAGUAGAUUCACUUAAGGAACACACUGUGGGUUUUGGUGCUGAUGGUGCAGCUGUCAAUCUUGGAGUGAGAGGAGGUGUUUCUGUACUCAUGAAGGAUGAUGAAGGAAUUGAUUGGCUAGUCACAGUACAUUGUGCUAGCCAUCGGCUUGAACUGAGCAUAGCAGAUGCUUUGAAAUCAACAGUGUUCUCAGAUAUCAAUGAAAUGCUUCAGAAUGUUUACUCCUUUUACAAAAGAAGUCCAAAGAAAAUGGUACAGUUGGAAGGAUUAGGAGAGGCCCUGGAGAUGGCAGUUUCGAUGCCUGUGAAGGCAAGUGGAACUUGUUGGCUAGAGCAUAAAAUCCGGGCAAUGAACUGGAUAAGCAAGAAUUAUGGUCUUCUUAUUGCCCAUCUUAACCAUCUUACAGAGGAUGAAUCGUUUACGAGUGCAGACAGGUAA